CGUGACGGGGGUGCGUCUCCAGUCACUGCCUGGGAGUGGGUUGCCGAUGCGAGUUUAGGAGCGGGGCUUCUGCGUGGGAACUUCGCUUUAACGCUCAACCUUUCCAAGACAACAAGGGAAAUUUUGUACCGCCACGCGAAUCGGUGGGAACUCCCGGUUCCUUAUGUCCCGCAAAUCCAGCGGCAAUGAGUACAUUCUGAGCGAUCUGAGGGGGGAGAGGAAGAUGGAGCGAGAGGAGGGACAGCGGGAGGAAGUGGUCGGCGAGCGCAGUCUGAUUAAACCGCCCGGCGACAGUAGCAUUAACAGCGGUAGCGGGCAGUCAGCGGCCAUGGCAACCGGGGCCGGCGGCGAGCUGGAGCGGGCGGCUCGCAAGCAGUUCCAGGGCAACCACACCCCCAAGUUUCUCUACAGACUCUCCGCUUUCGCAGCCCUCGGCGGCUUCUUGUUCGGCUACGACACGGGCGUCGUGUCCGGCGCUCUGUUGUUACUCAAGAAGGAAUUCGGCCUCAACGAGCUGUGGCAGGAGUUGGUGGUUUCGGCCACGGUGGGGGCGGCUGCCAUCUCGGCGCUCAGUGGAGGCGUGCUCAACGACCGCUUCGGACGGAAACCUUGCAUCCUCUUGGCGAGUUUUUUCUUCACGGUGGGGGCCGUGAUAAUGACAGCCGCCAAUGACCGCUACACCUUGCUAUCCGGGCGCAUCGUCGUGGGUUUAGGCAUUGGUCUCUCCUCCAUGACAGUAACAGUAUACAUUGCAGAGGCUGCACCGUUCCAUUUGAGAGGACGAUUAGUUACCAUUAACACACUUUUCAUAACUGGAGGGCAAUGUUUUGCAAGUAUUAUUGAUGGAGCAUUUAGUUACCUUGAAAAAAAUGGCUGGAGAUACAUGCUUGGGCUUUCAGCUGUUCCAGCCAUUAUUCAGUUUGUGGGAUUCCUUUUCCUUCCAGAAAGUCCACGAUGGCUAAUGCAAAAAGGCAAGACUCAGAGAGCACGCAGAGCACUGAAUUUGAUUCGUGAAACCCAAAAUAUCGAGGAUGAGUAUGAAUCCAUCAAAAGUAGCAUUGAGGAAGAACAACGAGAAGUAAGAGGAGGUGGUUCCGUGUUGUGGAAGAUGUUAACCUAUCCACCAACCUUCAGAGCUCUAAUAGUUGGAUGUGGAAUGCAGCUCUUUCAACAACUUUCUGGUAUCAACACAGUCAUGUACUACAGUGCUACGAUAUUGCAGAUGUCAGGAGUCCAAGAUGAUAAACUAGCAAUCUGGUUGGCAGCAGUCACAGCAGGAACUAACUUCAUUUUUACGAUGGUUGGAGUUUGGCUGGUUGAAAAAGUCGGACGCAGAAAGCUCACCCUAUGCAGUCUUGCAGGAACAACAGUUAGCCUUGUGAUUCUAGCAGUUGGAUUUUUAUUAUCAGCUCUCACUUCACCACCGAUAAUUCUCCAUCCCAGAGACCCAUCAGGACAUAAUGUCAGCUGUGUUAAUUACAAAUUUUGCGACAGAUGUAUGUUGGAUCCAAACUGUGGCUUCUGUUUUAAAAUGCAGCAUCCUAAUGUUACAGAAACAUCAUGUGUUCCUGUGAGCAAUAGAUCCGACACCAUAGCUGCCUGGGGCAGGUGCAGCAAUGAGUCAGAGUUUAAGAAAGAAGGAUUGUCUUGGGCAUUUAACUUCUGUCCCACAAAAUAUUCCUGGACUGCAUUAUUGGGUCUUAUCUUGUAUCUUAUCUUUUUUGCACCAGGAAUGGGUUCCAUGCCUUGGACAGUAAAUUCUGAAAUAUAUCCAAUGUGGGCAAGAAGUACAGGAAAUGCAAUGUCUUCUGGAGUCAACUGGAUUUUCAAUGUCCUUGUAUCAUUGACAUUUUUGCAUUUGGCAGAGUAUCUCUCAUAUUAUGGUGUUUUCUUCUUGUAUUCUGCGCUAGCUGCCUUAGGGUUGUUUUUCAUAUAUGGAUGUCUUCCAGAAACUAAAGGAAUAAAGUUGGAAGAAAUUGAGACCUUGUUUGAGAACCGACUAUGUACAUGCGGCCUUUUGGAUUCUGAUGAAGGUCGGCACAUUGAAUAUAUUCGAGUGAAAGGAAGCAAUUAUCAUCUUUCUGAUAAUGAUACUUCUGAUGUGGAAUGAUCUGCUAUGGUGUCUUUUAUGAUUGGUCUUAAGAAUCAAGGAAUAUUGUUGUCCACCUACUCUGCUUCUGGUUUGGUGUCUGAUUCUGCAUUUCGAUGCUGCUGCUUCAAUUUAAAGAAAAAUAAUUGUUGUUUUUUAUUUCUCUAACUUUGGUGAUCAUUUUAAACCAUUGUGUUUUUAUUUUAUAGCCUCUAGUCCACUUGUUCAAAGAAGUGAAAAUGAAGAAGGCAUUGUUUGGUAUACAGGUGGGCAAACAAAUGUACUUUGAUUUACCUGCUAACAGCACUUGCCGCUGAUAUUAGGCUCUGCAUCUGCCACUAUGAUGUAGAUUAAAAAUGUAGCAAAUAGGCAUUUCAGAUUAUAGCUUUUAUGUUCACAAAUUAUAACCUCUUUUAAAAUAAAACCAUAUUAACUUAAUUAUAAUAUUCUUAUGUGUUACACUAAAGUAUUCAAAGUAGUCUGGUGUUGUGAUGUAUUUAAGUGCUGAUAGUUGGUAUCAUGUGGGAUGUUUCUGCUCAUUUUCACUUUUGAUAAACCAAUUUUUCUUCAGGUAUACAAAGAACUUUCUCACAAGCAACAACAUGACAGGUUGUCAUCUUUAUCAUUUGCACACGUUCUAGCAGUCAGAUGCAGAGCAAGGUUCUUAAGAAACGUGUUUAUCUGGAAUCUUGGAUAAUGAAUUCCGUAAAAAAUAAAAUAUAGUAGAAAAUAACUAAAAGGAAUAUUAAGAGCAUUAUUUAAAAGGUAGGCUUGAUUGUUAAUGGGAAGUAUUUUUUCAGUGCUUAACACCAUUGAAAAAGUGCUAUAAAUGUAAUUAUUUUGAUAGACAUUUAUGUUUCAGCCUUGUUUUCUGUUUAAAAGACUCGUCUUGCUAGGUACCAGCAUAUGACAUGCAUAUUGUAUUGACAAUGACAUGCAUAUUGAACUUUGACUUACACUUGACAGUGACAUGCAUAUUGUACUUUUGAGUUUUACGUAUUUUUCAAAGUCACAAAGGCAUUUAACUUGCUGACAAAGAAAAGAUCACAAAUUCUGAUACAAAAAUACCACGUUAUGUCUGCCUACAAUUUUCUUUACUGUUACUUUGUUUAUUAAGAUUUUUUUUAAGCAUGCCAUUUGGCAGUGUUGUUCAAAAUUGUAUGUAGCAGACAUGUGGCCUUUGACUUUCACUUUUCUAUCAUUGCCAGCUAUAGGUGCUGAAUAUAUUACUUAUCACUACUCUACAAAGGUUGUCCAAGUACUUAUGGGAACUGGAAGCUAAAAAAAAAAAAUUGAUUCAGGGUAUGUGUUUUUUUUGAUUUGUAUAACUAUAAUGCUGCCUAUUUUCUCUAAUGAUUUAAAAAAAAUAAGAGGCCAGUCAUCUACAGUUGUCAUUAUAACCAAAAAGAAAUUUGUGGUAAAAAAUGCAUUCCACGGAAAUAAAUAUGAAAACACGUAUAUUCUAUCAGAUGAAAAUGUAGACAUCAUAUCUCUAGGCAGACAACUUUUAAUAUAACAUCAGACGAAUCAAUUUUGAGUUAGUGCAGUAAAACAUUAUGUGGCAGUUUAAAAAGUAUCAAUGAAAACCAAGUACUAUUUGAUUUCUGUGCUUAAACACAGAAUGGAAACAUUCACAUCAAAUUGAACAUUUUAAUUUAUCAAAUUUAGCGUUUCAGUAUAUCAGUAUGCCUUUUAUCAUUUGUUAAAUUAUGGUUGAUAAUUGAUGUGGCUGCACUUUUAAAAACAGGAAGCUCAAAGACUUUUGCAUUUCAAUGUGAAUUAAUAAUGGUUUUGAUUUUCAAACAGUACAACCAGAGCAUAAUGUAUGUCAGAAUUCAGAGCUCUGAAAUGUGUAAAGAAUUUUCUGUUAAAUAGAAAAUAACCAAAUAACAUUAAUAAAUAUUACAAAAACUGAUGCACACUGUAUGUCACAACUACUUCAUAUUAAUUUUGUAUUGUUUCUGGUCCCAAGUGGUCUGAUUGCUUUAAAAUUGCAGUCAGUUUUUAAAACUAUACAUUUAACGGUAUUCCUAGAGUUACAGUUUGCUACAAUGGAACUAACCUUUUCCUUCUGUAAUUUGAAAGCUGGGACUAAUGGAUGGAGCACCUCCAAUCAUUAUCCAUUUACCGUAACCCCUCAUUUUAGCGAUCCUUUUAUAAUAGAUAUUGGUUAUAGCAGACAGUCCUGACCACACCACCCCAGCUCACACAACCUACCUGGCCACUUACAGCCUCGGCUUCCAGCGCCAUCUCCGGAUCACAAGGUGUACCAGCAAGCCCUUCAUUCUCGGCACGGUUUGGUCGACAUGGCUGUUGCAGUCUGUCCUUCAGCGCUUUUUUCAGGCUACUACCUCCGACUGGAUGCGCUCGGUGACUGUGGGGUUCCCUCCGCUCAGCAUCAAUCUCUUCCACUCCCCGCUCCACCGCCCCUCUUCCUCCUUCUCCCAAUGGUCUGUCUUCUCGGCUUCUCCCCCCUUCCUCCAACGCCGCCUCCUCCUUCCACCAGAGUCGCCACAUACUCUACAUUGGAAGAUGUCGGUGACUGCAGGGGAGAAGGUGGGGCGGGUAGUGGACAAAGUGAUUGCCGAUAGGAAGAAGUGGCAGCUGUUGAGAGGGGAGAGAGCCCCACGGUGACCGAGCGCGUCCUGUCAGUAACAGCGGCCCAACGACCUGUCCCCAGGCACUACAAAAUGAGCCGCUACAUCAACUGGACCGUGCAGUAGCUGUUGAAGAAAAGCUCGCUGGUGCAGACCAGCUGCAUCGGCACCUGGCUUUAUGGUGAAACAACAGCGUGCUGGAUUAACUCAACAGACUGGAUCAGUCCAUAGAAGGGUCUUGAUGUCACCUGUUCAUGUUCUCCAGUGAUGUUUCCCGACCCGCUGAGUUACUCCAGCAUUUUGUGUCUGUUUGUGUAUUAAUUAUGAUCUGCAGGAAAGAACUGCAGAUGCUGGUUUAGAUCAAAGAUAGACACAAAAUGCUGGAGUAACUCAGUGGGACAGGCAGCAUCUCUGGAGAGAAGGAAUAGGUGAUGUUUUGGGUCGAGUCUGAAGAAGGGUCUCAACCCGAAACGACACCCAUUCCUUCUCUCCAGAGAUGUUGUCUGUCCAGCUGAGUUACUCCAGCUUUCUGUGUCUGCAGUUCUUUAUUUCAAGUACAUACAAUGAUAAUACUUUACUUGGUUAUACGGGACAGUCGGCAAUAACUAACACCAUUCCCCAAUCCCCACGCAUGGUCCGAUAUAACGAGGGUUUAUUGUAAUGUCAACUUUGUCACCUCUUGUCUCAACACAUUUAACAUCAACAUUCUUUCUCAUCCCUGAUGUAGAGGUCAGUUCCAAUUUUGUACUGGUGAAGAAGGGGGUCAUUCCUCUGAGAUGAAAAUAAAUUAUUGGAGUGGGAAGGAAAGCAUUAUUCUUUGUAAUACUGCUAUAUUUGUUCAGAAAGUGGUUCGGGUCACUACUAUUUGCUGAAAUUGAAAAAGAAUUGUGACAUUUUUCACCAUUUUAUAAAGCUCAAUCACAAACUUAUGAGUAUGUAUUAGCCAUGUAUUUCAAAGUAAUAGAUGAAGUAAAUUUGCCUGACAAAUUAUAUGAAAUAUGCUAAUUACUGAAUUGUUGCAAUAUUUUUAAAUUUUAGUUUUUAAAUUUAUUAGUUUUACUGCACUGCAAGGAGCUUCGCUCAUCUCCCAAUGAAGAACUUAACUUCAGAAAUUGUAUUAUGGUCAGAUUAUAUGUUUGUAUGGAUUUGAAGGGACCUUUUUUGGAUGACAUAUGUCUCGAACAGUACUUUUUGAAAGAAUACUUUGUGGAACUAGUUGAAUAUAUUAGGAUUACCAAGGUCAUCUUUUCGAUGUUCUAGUAUUUAUUUUCCAAAGUUACCAUGAAAAAGAUUUGUCAAAAACAACAAUAUCCAUAAUCAAUGCAAAGUUUACAAAGUAAUACAAAUAUAUAUAAACUUGACAAGCAGUGUUUAACACUAACGGUGAUGCUCAAGUGAAAAUGGUUAAUCAAAAUUUGGAUCUAUUUUUCUUGUUAUUCCAUGCUAUUAGUGUUCUGUUUAAGAUGAACCCUGUUGGAUGAGCCAAAAUUACUCACCAUUUGUAAAACAAUUUUUUGCAACCUGGCAACAUUUGAAACAAAUUUUAUUUUAAUAACCAUUUUUUUUUUUUAAACAGGUAGAUAAACAUUUUAUAUAAUACAGGAAGUUGAAGAUCACCAUGAGAUAUGAUAUUUAGAUACCUUGGCAAUUCUGAUUCAGUAUUCAGUUUUUUAAUGCGGAUAUCUAUCAUCUGAGUGACCUUAUUAAAAUCUGAAAUUUUUGUACAUUAGUGUUGUAAAAUUAUGUUUGUUAAUGUUACUGUACAUUUUAAUAUUGUUGCUUUAUAUAAAAGUAAAUGGGUCCAGUUAUUGAAUUGUUGACUAAUAAAUCAGCUGUCAAGGGAAAUAAUAAAUAUUAAUUGAUCAGCAA